AACAUCCCGGACUCCGGUCACAAGUAUUACCUGCAGUUCACUACCCAGGACUACAAAACCGGGGAAAAUGCCGGGAGCUGCCUUGCCACAGUGUUGUACCUGCAGACCAAGUCUCCGCCUGUGGUCACCAUCAAGUGCAUGCCUACCAGAGACCAGAAGCGAAUCCAAGAAGAGGACAACAGACUUUACAAAAAAAUCAGGCACCAAACCAAACCAAUAAUUGGAAAAAAUAUUCCAGACAGCUAUGGAAAUAUUGACCCUGCCCUGGAGCCAGCGUGGGCUCUGGCUGCUGCUGGCAGCAGUUACAUCAUGUGGGAAAAGUCGACGGAGAACUUGGGUUACUUCAUGGCACAAGUCAAGUCUGUGAAGCAGUGGAUAAGGAGAGAUGAUGUUGUUGAGUUUGAUUACACUGUCCUCCUCCACGAAAUUCCAACGCAGGAGAUUAUCUCGUGUCACAUGCGCCUCACUUGGCUUCCCCCGCACUCUCUGAAAGUGAAGUACUUCUGUGCUCCAGCGAAUCAGGGGCUCGAAGAUGGAUCUGGAGUGGAAUCUGGAUCGGCUGCUGGGAUUUUACAUGAAAGGGGAGCCAAUUUUUAA